AUGUCAUCUCCGGUGGACGUACUCGUUGUUGGUGCUGGGCCUGUUGGUCUCGUUGGCGCUCUUGCUCUUGCGCAGAGCGGCGUCUCCAUUCGCGUUGUUGACAAAGAGGACCAGUUCCUCGUCGGGCAGCGCGGUUGUGGCAUCCAGCCUCGCACUGAAGAGGUGUACCAUCUACUGGGAUGUCUUCCGGACUAUCUGAAGAAGGCUGGCACGAACUACGCUCAGAAGGUGUACGACGCUGAAGGCAAGGUCGUCAAGAUCUUGACAGACGAAGACUUGCUCGUUCAACGCGACCCGUCGCCGGAGAUUCCCUUCCCCAUUCCUAUCCUACUGGGUCAGGAUACAUCCUGCGCUAUCCUUCGCGAUCACCUCAAGAAGUACGGCGUCAAGGUCGAGCUAUCAACUGAGCUCGUUGACCUGAAGCAGGAUGAGUCUGGUGUCGACGUCACGCUCCUGCACCAAGGGAAGGAGGACAAGCUUCGUGUCAAGUAUCUCAUUGGCGCCGUGGGCGCAAAAGGUCCGGUACGCAAGCUUGUCGGAAUCAACUUCGUGGGUGAAACCAGCGAACAACGCGCAGUCAGCGGUGAGGUUGAGCUCUCUGGCCUCGAAGACAGGGCGUACUGGCACCGUUUCAGCGGAGAGAAGGGCGACAAAAUCAUGUGGCGCCCCAUCGCAGAAGACGACAAGCUCUGGUCUAUGGUACUCAUCCCGAAGACGGUUGAUCUGCACAAGGCUGUGAACGACAGCGAGUACCUGCACGAGUGCAUACGCGACGUGACGAAGAACCCGGAUAUCAGGAUCACGAAGAUUCGCUCGCUAUCGGAGUGGCGGCUGAAUGAGCGCGUCGCGGACAAGUUCAGCGUUGGGCGCGUGUUCAUUGGCGGUGAUGCCGCUCAUGUUCAUAGUCCAACUGGCGGUCAGGGCAUCAACACCGGUACACUCGACAUGAUGAACCUCGCCUGGAAGCUCGCUCUCGUCGCCAAAGGCCUGUCACCACCAUCACUCCUCGACUCGUACCACGCAGAACGCGCACCAGUCGUACGCGAGAUGCUCAACGUGACACAUGCGCUCGCAGACGCGACCUUCAAGACUAAGGACCACGCCGCGGUAUGGAACCGUCCGAGCACAUUGCGCCAACUGGGUGUACACUACCGAUGGAGUUCAAUAGUUCGCGACGAGCUUUCAGCUGGAUCCGAUGAGGAGAUCGAGAGUACGACGAUUGAACCCGAAGACGUGUACGGCGCGGGCACGAGCGGCCGACUUCAUGCUGGGGAUCGCGCGCCCGACGCGCCGGCGUUACACGACGUGCGAAUUGGCGCCGAGACCAGUCUCUUGAACAUCUUCAAGCCCAUGCAGCACACUGUAUUGGUGCUGGACCCUUCACUCGCGGGCGGUGUGGCUACUUCAGUGGGGAAGUACGCAAGUGGCGUCUUCCAGACCAUCGUCGUGUACCCUCAGGGUUCAACUCAUGAGAUGGCCGACUUCCCAAACGUGGCUUCAACGCUUAUCGAUGGCCAGGGUCAUGUAUAUCGCUCCUAUGCUGUUGGAGAAGGCACAGCGGUCGCAAUCGUGCGCCCGGAUGGGGUCGUCGGCGCUCUAUUGAAGGGCGUAGACGGCGUGGAGAAGUACUUCUCCAAGAUCUUUGUGUAG